UAGGGGUGCAAACAAAAGAAGAAAAGAAGAAGGGGAAGAAGAAGAAGAAGAAGAAGAAGAAGAAGAAAAAUAAAUAAAGAAGAAGUAGAAGGAAGAAGAAGAAAAUGGGGGAGAAGAAGAAGAAGGGAGAAGAAGAAGAAGGAGAAAGGAAAGAGGGGGAGAAGAACACUUACCUGACCGUGUGGUCAGACGACGAGCACGACGACGACGACGACGCUGAUGACGAUGAAUACGACGACCACGACGACGCUGACGACGAUGACGACGAUGACGACGAUGACGACGACGACUACGACGACAACGACGACGACUACGACGACAACGACGACAGAAUGAGAGAGCGAGAACAGUUAAGUUUCCAGUCUCGCGGGUGCUCUCGUGUUGCGCUUGUUGCUGCUGCUGUUGCUGUUGUCGCCGCUGGUGCUACUGCUGGUGCAAUUGCGCUUCUUACCAUUGCCGCUGUUGCUGUUAGUGCUACUGCUGUCGCUGUUGCUGACGUUGCUGCUCUUGUUGUCGCUGGUGCUGGUCCUGUUGUUGGUGCUACCACGGAGGAUGUGUGGGGCCACAACGUCCUCUGGCACCCCAGGAAAUUCCAACCUGAUGUAAAGAAUGGAAAGUGGGUCAUGGCAAUGAAGGAAGCCGAUGGCAAGUGGAGUGGCCUAAACAGACUGGGAGCGGGUCCAUUUAAGAAAAAGGCGACAGAAGCUCUGGUGGAUCAUUUGAGUGUGAUGAACCUCGAAAGGAGCCUGACGGACGUCAAUGCGUAUGCAGGCCAGAAGCUCGCUGAGCUGUACGACAACAAAAUGUUGGAGUUUCGAGCGCCUUUCUACAAACUCGAAACAACACUGUCUCGUGGCAUUGACUGGCGCAUGCCUCAACCUCCGUCGGGUGGUCAGCAUCCGAGAGGCGGUGGAGGAGGAGACGAAGGAGACGGCGGAGGUGACGGAGGAGACAACUCAGGAUCUGUUGGAGGAGGUGAGGGAGGAGACGGCUCACGAUCUGCCGGAAAGGGGUUAGGCGAAAAGGGGUCAGGCGGAAAGGGGUCGGGCGGAAAAGGGUCAGGCGGGAAGGGGUCGGGCGGAAAGGGGUCGGGUGGAAAGCGUAGAGCGUUCGGGAGUCGUGAGUCUAGGGAAACAGAUAGCCACUGCGUAGGGAGUCGAGACUCCGACAUGCGAGACGAGGUCGCCCUAAAGUCUUCUCAACUGCGAGUAGAUUCGCACUUGUCUGCGAGGACUUUGUUUCCCGAUGCGGAGGAGAGUCCAUCCCACCGUACGCACUCUGGCGAGCGCCGCAAACUCCGCAUAGAUUCGGAGUUCCCGACGUCGUUCUUCGGAGGGUGCGUCCGUCGACUCGGAGAGCAGAGUACAGCAAAACCAUUCCUUUACCUCAACUCUGGCGAGCGCCGCAAACUCCGAAGCUUGACGUUCAUGAAACCUGGGAGAAUGACAGGCUCUUCUUCUACGCUGCAGGAGUGUUGGAGACCGGGGGUAGCGAGUAUGAACAUCAUUCUUCGAGGGGUGUAUCCGUCGACUCUGAGACCAAGAGUACAGCAGCUCCUGGGGAAAAGGAGCUCUCACCGGGAGCACAUGCUGUACAGCGGGAAGAGGAGACUUAACACUGGCGGUCUCGCAGAGUGUUGGAGACCGGGGCUAGCGAGCAUGAACGUCAAGCUUCGGAGGGCGCGUUUGUCGACUCGGAGAGCAGAGUACAGCAACUCUGGGGGAAAAGGAGCUCUCACAAGAAGUGCAUGCUCUUCAGCGGGAAGAGGAGACUCAACACUGGCCGGCUCGCGAAGUGCUGAAGGGGCUCGACGCAGGAGUGCUGGUGACCGGGACGUCGGAAGAGGUUCUGCACAGUCGGUCGGUUGUGGCGACGACGCACAAGGGUGACGUUAGGGAGGUCAAUGGAUGUUUGAGGAAGGCAAUGACCGUGGGGAGGAAGGACGUACGUGGACGUUCGUGGAAGC